AUGGCGGACGUUGUCGCGGAGCAGAGAGUGGUCCAGGCACCAGUCAACGAAAGAGAACUGAACGGAGAGGCCGAGGUCCGGGAAGAGGCCGACCCAGUGGAGGAGGCAGCCAAAAAGAAGAAGAAAAAGAAGAAAAAGAGCAAGUCUGCAACGACAGCUGUUGAGCCUGAGGCGGAUGGUGUGGUAGAUGGAGUGGUAGAGGUGACCAAACAGCUGGAGAAGCAGGCGAUUGAGGACAAGGAGAAGGAUGAAGACGGAGAGGAUGAUGGAGACGAUGGGGAAAAUGCAGCAGGAAAGAAGAAGAAGAAGAAAAAGAAGAAGAAAGGACCCAAAACUCAAACGGAUCCCCCAUCUGUUCCCAUCUGUGAGUUGUACCCUAGUGGAGUGUUCCCCAUCGGACAAGAGUGUGAAUAUCCUGUCUGUCAGGAUGGUCGAAGUGCAACGUGGCGGAUGACCAUGGAGGAGAGGCGGGUGAUGGACAAAGCCAACGAGGAGGUGUGGAACGACUUCAGGCAGGCGGCCGAGGCCCACAGACAAGUCCGGAAACACGUCCGCAGCUUCCUCAAACCCGGGCUCACCAUGAUUGAAAUCUGCGAGCGUUUAGAGGAUUGUUCCCGUAAGCUGAUAAAAGAAAACGGGCUAAAUGCCGGGCUGGCCUUCCCCACUGGCUGCUCCCUGAACCAUUGUGCUGCCCACUACACUCCCAACGCUGGAGACCCCACCGUCCUGCAGUACGAUGACGUCUGCAAGAUCGACUUUGGAACGCACAUCAACGGGCGGAUCAUUGACUGUGCCUUUACCGUCACAUUUAACCCAAAGUACGACAAGCUGCUGGAGGCUGUGCAAGACGCCACCAAUACCGGAAUCAAAAACGCAGGGAUUGAUGUUCGCCUGUGUGACGUCGGAGAGGCGAUUCAGGAGGUGAUGGAGUCCUACGAGGUGGAGAUCGAUGGGAAAACAUACCAAGUGAAGCCAAUCAGAAACCUGAACGGUCAUUCUAUCGGUCAGUACAGAAUACAUGCAGGGAAGACGGUGCCCAUCGUUAAGGGAGGGGAAGCAACAAGGAUGGAGGAGGGAGAGGUUUACGCCAUUGAGACGUUCGGCAGCACAGGUAAAGGCGUGGUCCACGACGACAUGGAGUGCUCGCACUACAUGAAGAACUUUGACGUCGGCCAUGUCCCCAUCAGGCUGCCCCGAGCAAAGCACCUGCUCAAUGUCAUCAACGAGAACUUUGGCACGCUAGCGUUCUGCCGCCGCUGGCUGGACCGUCUGGGCGAGAGCAAGUACCUGAUGGCCCUGAAGAACCUGUGCGACCUGGGCAUCGUGGACCCCUACCCUCCCCUGUGCGACACCAAGGGCUGCUACACGGCUCAGUUUGAGCACACCAUCCUGCUCAGGCCCACCUGUAAGGAGGUGGUAAGCCGCGGAGACGACUACUGACACCCCGACCGCCCGACUCCCCUCACCACGCACACCUCCAGACACUGAUAGAGUAACAGAAAAAGCAAAGACAUGUAAUUGUAGUCAACCUACAAUACACCCCUCAGCUUCCCAGGAAGGAUGCAGACAAAAACUAUCCAACACGGGUUCUUUGGAUUUACUACCAGAAAAUCUUGAGCAGUUUAAUGUUUUCAAACUGCCAAUGAACUCAUUGCAACCACAGUAUUCAGAAUCUAUUCAGUUUCAAGGACUCCAGUCUGAGAUGUCACUACCUUUAGUUCAUUUAUCGAGCCUUUCAAUGGGUUUAGGAAGUGUUCAGCUCAAUGCAUGCUGGGAAAUCAGCUCAUACAGACUUUACAGCACAUUUAAGCUCCGGGGGUGCCGUAGUCAAUAGAUACCAUCUUCAUACAGACACAGCGCACCUGUGUCUUCUGUCGCCAAAGGAGAGAAAUCUGCACUCUGGCCCUCUGGUCUUGGUUUCCUUAACGUUUGUAAGAGUUUGUUAAAAUGGCCGCUGCAUCUGUAUGCUCCCGGUGAAAACGCUUCAUUUGGAAACUCUGCUUGGAAAUGUUUUUGGAAGAAAAAAGGAUGAUUAAAAUAAUUUUUGCUUGUUGUCUAACUGCAAAA